CUGCAUAGAAAUGCAUGUAUGUAUUCCAGUAAAAAAUGAAAUUCAUUUGUUAUUUGAACAGCGUAGAUACGCGCUGAUAAGGGGAUUUAUAACUGUUUGUAUGAUUUUGCUAGCACCAUAGUUGUGUUGUCAGCUCUAACUCAUUCAUCAUGGCAGCCUAUUACUGGGUAGAUACUCGCGCUCGUAACGGAGUACCAAGCACAGCCCUUCGUGGUGGCACUGACAGUGAUGGUGAUGCAAUUUAUGUUGGACGCGCUUUCCACGAUGGCGAUUGGCUUCCAGCCAAAGUAAUUCCCAAUAAAGAUGUUGCUUACAUUGCCUACGGGGGUGAGGAACAUUCUAAAUGUGAAUAUCAGGUAUUGUGUGAACAGAGAUUCGAUUGGGUUUCUGCUAGAGACGGUGAAAUUCCUGACGGCGCUGUUGAAGGCGGAAGAACGUGCGAUGGGGAACCACUUUACAUUGGAAGGGCACAUCAUCACGGCUCAUUGACUGUUGGAAAGGUCCAUCCGAGCCAUGGUUGCUGCUACAUCCCCUAUGGUGGAAAGGAGCACCAUUACAACCACUACGAGGUCCUCAUCCUUAGACCCUGAGAGCUAUCUUCGCUUAUAUUUGAUUUUUGUAUGAAAAUUUUGAAUGAAAUGAAAAUAUUUCAUGUAACAAUUUUAUGAAAUAAAUAUCCUGUUCAACUCA